GUCAAGAGUAGAAGCGUCAUGACGUCAUCGCGAACGAUCAAAUCUCGCGGGAAUGUGGUUAACGGUCAAUCUCGCCCUGACAUCUUCAGUUGUGUGUGCACAGCUGUGUCUGAGGCAGAACUUGACUGAAAGGUUCGGUUCUGGUCGUGUUCGUGUACCGACAGCUCCUGAAGAUGAGGAGGACGUCUGCUCUUCAUCAUUUCUGCGUCGUUUUAACAUGACGUAAAAAGUCUGCGCCUUCAUCCUGUCCUCCUCCUCUUCUUCAUCAGCUGCAGACCCGAGCCGGUCCAGUCCUCCGGGGGUCCAGCUGUAAGAUGGCCGGGCUCGGUUCGGCCCGGAUCAGACCCGCUCCCAGCUCCCUCUUCUUCUUCUUGGCUUUCUUCAUCCUCCUGGUCUUCCUCCCGUCCUGCUCCAGUCAGGAUGUUGGUCCAGAACACAACGAGACGUCCGGUCCGGACCGGUCCACGUCCCAGGGUUCGGAUCACCCGCACCACAACAAAAACAGGUCCACGACCCACAAGAAGACUUUCCCGGUCCUGGACCUGAACUUCGAUCACGUCCGGAAACCGUUCGAGAUCUCCCUGUGGAUCCUGCUGGCUCUGCUCAUGAAGCUGGGUUUUCACCUCAUCCCCAGAGUGUCCCAGGUGGUCCCAGAGAGCUGUCUGCUGAUCUUCGUGGGCCUACUGGUGGGCGGAGUCAUCAAAGCCAUGAAGGAGACGGCUCCCAUCCUGGACUCCAAGCUCUUCUUCCUGUACCUGCUGCCCCCCAUCAUCCUGGACGCCGGGUACUUCCUGCCCAUCCGGGCCUUCACGGAGAACCUGGGCACCAUCCUGGUGUUUGCGGUGGUGGGCACGCUGUGGAACGCCUUCUUCAUCGGGGGCAUGAUGUUCGCCGUGUGUCAGCUGGACGUGACGCCUCAGUUCAAGCAGGUGGACCUGCUGUCCUGCCUUCUGUUCGGGUCCAUCAUCUCCGCCGUGGACCCCGUGGCGGUCCUGGCCGUGUUCGAGGAGAUCCACAUCAACGAGCUGCUCUACAUCCUGGUGUUUGGAGAGUCGCUCCUGAAUGAUGCCGUCACCGUGGUUCUGUAUCACCUGUUCGAGGAGUUUUCUCACGCAGGAACCGUGUCCGUCGGUGACGCCUUCCUCGGCGUGGUCUCCUUCUUUGUGGUUUCGCUCGGGGGGAUCCUGGUGGGCGUGGUCUACGGCGUGUUGGGCGCCUUCACGUCUCGUUUCACCUCUCACUCACGGGUCAUCGAGCCUCUGUUCGUCUUCCUCUACAGCUACAUGGCCUACCUGUCUGCAGAGGUCUUCCACCUGUCGGGGAUCAUGUCCCUGAUCGCRUGCGGUGUGGUCAUGCGGCCGUACGUGGAGGCCAACAUCUCCCACAAGUCCUACACCACCAUCAAAUACUUCCUGAAGAUGUGGAGCAGCGUGAGCGAGACGCUCAUCUUCAUCUUCCUCGGGGUUUCCACGGUGGAGGGACCUCACAACUGGAACUGGAUCUUUGUGGUCUUCACCCUGGUCUUCUGCCUCGUGUCCAGAGUUCUGGGUGUUGUCGGUCUCACCUUCAUCAUUAAUAAGUUCCGCAUCGUGAAGCUGACCAAGAAGGACCAGUUCAUCGUGGCGUACGGCGGCCUGCGCGGCGCCAUCGCCUUCUCCCUGGGCUUCCUGCUGCCCGACAACGAGACGAAGCACAUGUUCCUCACCGCCAUCAUCACCGUCAUCUUCUUCACCGUCUUCGUUCAGGGAAUGACCAUCAGACCUCUGGUGGAGCUGCUGGCUGUGAAGAGGAAGAAGGAAACCAAACGGUCCAUUAACGAGGAGAUCCACACUCAGUUCCUGGAUCAUCUCCUGACGGGAAUCGAGGACAUCUGUGGACAUUAUGGACAUCACCACUGGAAGGAUAAGCUGAACCGCUUCAAUAAGACGUACGUGAAGAAGUGGCUGAUCGCAGGCGAGCGCUCCAACGAGCCGCAGCUCAUCUCCUUCUACAACAAGCUGGAGAGGAAGCAGGCCAUGAUGCUGGUGGAGAGCGGGAGCGCCGCACGCCUGCCGUCCCUCGUUUCCACCGCCUCCCUGCA